CCACCCUGCCACUUGCGACUGCGUCCGAUCAACUUCCUUUUUCUCGUGCUCUUUUGACAGAACGAGGCGCCAUGGCUGAAGAAAACUGGAAUGAUGAAAUGGAAGCGGGCAGCGUGGCUGUCGAGAGCAUGCCACUUCCCCAACCGGCCGACAUUCCCGAAAUUAAACUCUUCGGGAGAUGGAGCUGCUACGACGUGCAAGUUUCGGACAUGUCCCUCCAGGAUUACAUUUCAGUAAAAGAGAAAUAUGCUAAAUAUUUGCCACACUCUGCUGGAAGGUAUGCCCACAAAAGAUUCCGCAAGGCUCAAUGCCCCAUCGUCGAGCGUCUGACCAACUCUUUGAUGAUGCACGGACGCAACAAUGGCAAGAAACUUAUGGCUGUGCGUAUUGUUAAGCACGCCUUUGAAAUCAUUCACUUGUUGACUGGUGAGAACCCUCUUCAAGUCCUUGUUACUGCCAUAAUCAACUCCGGACCCCGUGAAGACUCCACCAGGAUUGGUCGUGCCGGUACAGUUCGUCGUCAAGCUGUGGAUGUGUCUCCACUCCGUCGUGUGAACCAGGCCAUCUGGCUGUUGUGCACAGGUGCCCGGGAAGCCGCAUUCAGAAACAUUAAGACAAUCGCCGAGUGUGUGGCUGAUGAGCUCAUCAACGCUGCUAAGGGUUCAUCUAACUCUUAUGCCAUCAAGAAGAAGGAUGAGUUGGAGCGUGUCGCUAAAUCCAACCGUUAAUAUCUAUGUAGAGCUGGUCUCAAUAAAAAAAUAUCCAAA